GAAGCAUUUCAUUACAAAAGUCAAAGAAGUGCACUUAAUUAGGAAUGGUUCAGAAGCUACCUUCUGUCUUGGCCAUACAAAAUAAAUGAAGGAGCUGGAGGAGGAGAGAAGGAGGAGGAGGGAAACACCUGAAAAAAACCCACGACAUUUUCUGGGCUCUGAAUCAAGAGGGAAGGGUUUAUUUUCUUCUUUUUAGAAGGAACUUCGGUUGGAUCUGGAAUGAGUUUUGCAUCCUCCUUAAUUUCCCCACAGAAAGGAGAAUCCUUGUUCUGUGAAGCUUGGAAUCAGAUUUGAGAGAAGGAUUGGUCAUUUCCCCUUCCAUGUCAAUUCCAUUUCAGAUCAUGGCCAAACAAGCUGAUGAAGAGUCUUACCUGGAUUUCACCCAAUCUACCCCAUACCUAUAUUUGACACAGAGACUGGGCUGUCUGGAUGCCAGUGCGUCAGAGAAGGUCUGAGAACACCAGGAUUGGGAACUUGCUGACAUGACAGCUCUCUGCUGGGUAUAACCUGUAAGGCUGGCCCCAGGAGGGGAGCUACCUGUGGCAAAGGUGCAUGCAGGGUCUUCCUAGGAGAAUACGAAAGCCCUGUGGAGGCUUGUAUACUUAAACAGACCAGGACAUAGGUGGGAGGCUGAAGUCCACACCAUGGCUAUUCCGAGUGCUUGGAAUUGGUUGCCGCUGCUGCUACUGCUGGUGGUCUUCAAGUUUCCUGGUGCUGCCUGUAAUGUGAAUGUAUCUAGCAACUCCACUUCUUAUUCUGAACCUAAGGCUCGCUUGGCUGUUGCUGCUCCUGUUGCUAGCACUGCUAGCUCAGAGCAGGAGGAAAGGCUGUCUGUUUUUUCUCUGGAUUAUGAUUAUGUUCAAAUUCCCUAUGAAGUAACCCUUUGGAUACUUCUUGCAUCCCUUGCAAAAAUAGGUUUCCAUCUCUAUCACAAGCUUCCAGGUCUUAUGCCAGAGAGCUGCCUCCUGAUCAUGGUUGGCGCCCUUGUGGGGGGUAUUAUCUUUGGCACUGAUCACAAAUCUCCACCUGUAAUGGAUUCAAGCAUCUAUUUCCUGUACCUCCUUCCACCCAUUGUCCUUGAAGGGGGCUACUUCAUGCCUACCCGACCCUUUUUUGAAAACAUUGGUUCCAUCCUAUGGUGGUCGGGGAUGGGAGCCCUAUUGAAUGCCUUUGGAAUUGGCCUUUCCCUCUACCUGAUAUGUCAGGUCAAGGCCUUUGGUCUCACUGAUAUCAACUUGCUUCAGAAUCUGCUUUUUGGGAGUAUGAUCUCUGCAGUAGACCCUGUGGCAGUGCUGGCUGUAUUUGAGGAAGCUCAUGUGAAUGAGCAGCUCUACAUGAUGAUCUUUGGGGAGGCCCUGCUCAAUGAUGGGAUAAGUGUGGUGUUAUACAAUAUAUUAAUUGCCUUCACCAAGAUGCAUAAAUUUGAAGACAUAGAACCCAUUGACAUUUUGGCUGGAUUUGCCCGGUUUAUUGUGGUAGGAGUUGGAGGGGUGUUUUUUGGCAUCAUCUUCGGUUUCAUUUCUGCCUUUAUCACACGUUUCACACAGAACAUUUCUGCAAUUGAACCACUGAUUGUCUUCAUGUUCAGCUACUUAUCUUAUUUAGCUGCUGAAACACUCUACCUUUCCGGCAUCCUGGCGAUCACAGCCUGUGCCGUGACAAUGAAAAAAUAUGUGGAAGAAAAUGUGUCACAGACCUCCUACACCACCAUCAAAUACUUCAUGAAGAUGCUGAGCAGUGUCAGUGAGACACUGAUUUUCAUCUUCAUGGGAGUGUCAACAGUGGGAAAAGACCAUGAGUGGAAUUGGGCUUUUGUCUGCUUCACCCUGAUCUUCUGCCAGAUUUGGAGAGCAAUAAGUGUAUUUGCCCUCUUCUACAUCAGUAACCAGUUUCGGACUUUUCCCUUCACCAUCAAGGAUCAAUGUAUUAUCUUCUACAGUGGGCUUAGAGGAGCUGGGAGUUUUUCACUUGCAUUUUUGCUGCCCUUAUCUCUGUUUCCUAGGAAGAAAAUGUUUGUGACAGCCACUCUUGUUAUUAUUUAUUUUACUGUAUUCAUUCAGGGAAUCACUAUUGGUCCUUUGGUGAGAUACCUAGAUGUGAAAAAGACGAACAAAAAAGAAUCCAUCAAUGAAGAACUUCAUACCCGUCUGAUGGACCAUUUGAAGGCUGGAAUUGAAGAUGUGUGUGGACAGUGGAGCCACUAUCAAGUGAGAGACAAGUUUAAGAAGUUUGAUCAUAAAUACUUACGGAAAAUUUUGAUCCGAGAGAACCAGCCCAAAUCAAGCAUUGUUUCAUUAUAUAAGAAGUUGGAAAUGAAACAGGCUAUUGAGAUGGUGGAGACUGGGAUUCUAAGUUCUACAGGCUUUAUGAUACCACUCCAAGCACAGAGAAUUCAAGGAACCAAAAGGCUUUCCCCUGAGGAUGUGAAAUCCAUGCGGGACAUUCUAACACACAACAUGUACCAAGUUCGUCAAAGGACCCUGUCCUACAAUAAAUAUAAUUUAAGCACAGAAACAAGUGAGAAACAAGCAAAGGAAAUCCUAAUCCGUCGUCAACAUACCUUCAGAGAGAGUCUGAGGAAAGGCAAUAGCCUGCCAUGGGGAAAGCCGUCUGAAAUUUCUAAAAAAUAUGGUGCUGGAUGUCAUGGAAGCUUCCUUUCCCUUCCUCCCAGCCUCAGGAGAAUGUUGGCCCAUGCCAGAAGUUGCCAAAGAAUUUCUGAAGUAUUAAUAGCCAACACAUUUCAAGUCAAGAUUCUUCUGAGAAACCUAUUGUGAUCUGUAAUUGAUUCAGUUUUCUAAAAGAUCUUAUUAAAGUCAUAUCAAUUUGCUGGGGUAGUAUGGUUCUAAUGAUCUUUUACAAUAAGCACAAACAAGUUUUUCUACUUGAGGGCUAUAUGAAUUAUUACAUGAUUUUUCAUUUACUAUUUAAUACUCAUUAAAAUUACUAAUAAUUUAAGCCUUUAGUAUGACACUGGGUAAAAGCCAUCUAUAAAGCAGAAGAGUAAGCUCUAUUAUCCAUGUGUCUUAGCAAAUUAGGCAUAAACUAGUUUUGUUAUGACUUUCCUGCCUUAAGAUUAAGAGGACUGCCUUUGGGUAGAUACAACAUGAGAGCUUGAUCCUUAAGAUUUAGAUUUACUCCAAGUUACAGUGGAUUAGAAUCAGAUUUAUACAUAGUUUACUUCUCUCAUAGUAAAUGUGAAUUCUUCAAACAAAAUUGUACCUGAACCAAUUUUCUUAAUAUAUCUCUCAGAGAAAGUCAAGACCUGAUCUGGUGAAAAUUCUUGUUCCAUAGAAUGGAAUUUUGAUCUGAUAUAGACCCUAUUCUAUUACCACAUAUGUAGAGGGGCUCCAGGGAGCUUUGAAUUUGGUUCCAGAGCUCUUGGCAUUUAAAUAAAGGGUCUUUGAACGUUCAUCAUAAACGAGAUUAAGUCCUGAGAGGUAAGUCACUUGCCCAGUGCCACAGAGAUAGCAAAUAGGAAGGGGUAUGGUUUGAACCCAGGUUUUUAUUGCAAAUCUAAAGUUCUAAACCUGGAAUCAGAAACAAACUAGUUGUGUGUACCUAGGCAAGUCACUUAACUACUUUGCUUCAGUUUACUCAGAUAAA